UUAGGAGCAGCUGUGAAAGCCGCCUUUGUGCCUGAGGAGAAUGAGCCGCCGGAGGACGGGGGGCGCUGGCCCAGGAAACCCCUCGGGCCCCGGCUCCUGAGACAGCACCGCAGGGAGGACCCCAGCCGGGCCCCCAAGGCCCGCCCAGGCCUGGCGCCCGCUUCGUGCCAUGGGAGCUGCCCAGGGGAAGAAGCCUCCAUGUACUCGGAGAUCCAGAGGGAGCGGGCAGACAUCGGAGGCCUGAUGGCCCGGCCAGAAUACAGAGAGUGGAACCCGGAGCUCAUCACGCCCAAGAAGCUGCUGAACCCCGUGAAGGCCUCCCGGAGCCACCAGGAGCUGCACCGAGAGCUGCUCAUGAACCACAGAAGGGGCCUGGGCGUGGACAGCAAGCCAGAGCUGCAGCGUGUCCUGGAGCACCGCCGGCGGAACCAGCUCAUCAAGAAGAAGAAGGAGGAACUGGAGGCCAAGCGCUUGCAGUGCCCCUUUGAGCAGGAGCUCCUGAAACGGCAGCAGCGGCUGAACCAGCUGGAAAAACCACCAGAAAAGGAAGAGGACCAUGCCCCCGAAUUUAUUAAAGUCAGGGAAAACCUGCGCAGAAUCACCACCCUGACCAGUGAAGAGAGAGCGCUUUAGAGCCGGCUGCUGGAGCUCCAGCGCCCCCUGCAGCCCGCCCCUGGUCCCCACACCUUCCUGCAGCCCUGCUGUAGCCGGCAGCCCUGGGCCCCUGGUCGUGACACAUCUGUGAUGUUCACACUCGCUUCUGUAAAAUGCGUUGUCCCAGAGGGCCGCCCUCCCCCCAGCCCCCUGAAGAUGGGGGCUCCUGAGCGCCCAGCCUUUUCGUUCUGAGUACUCAUCCCUCCUGCUCCAAGAAGGAGCCACUGCUGGGAAAACUUUCACCAGGCACCUCUCCCUGAGGGGGCUUCUGAGCUCUGCCAAGAUUUUUCUGGCAGAGUUGAGAAGGGACAGGGGCCUCUCUGGCUGGACAAGCCAUCCGUUCUGCCCGGGCCCCAUGGGGCCCUGCUUCUCUGGGCAGCCCAGCUCCCAGGUCUCCGAGAACUUCCCUGCCUGGGGCGGUCUCUGCAGCCCGGUGUGGGGCAGCUCGGUGGAGCACCCCGGGACGCCUGCUCGGCAAGCCGCCUGUGGGGAGGACGGGUCUGUCUAACGACGACAGCUUUUCUCUCAGACUCUGCCAGCCUUUCCCCACCCCCAUGCCUUUAUUUUCUCCUCUCCAGG